AGGACAGAGGGACUGCAGUGCAGCAUGUUGCUUCUGGUCUAUACAGAGGUAAUGAAGUGAAUUGCGUCAGUGGCGCACGCAGGGUAGGCUUGAAAUGCGCCUGAUCUGGCCAGGCGGAUGAAAGUAGAGGCGCACUGUGGGGAGAGAGGAAAAAGUUCUCAACAAGGAGAGGCAGGACUACUCUUACGGAGCCCCUGCAGUCUCACUUUUUAUGCCUCUAAAACACUUUCCCUGCCAUCCUUUUGCAUUUUUUGCUCAGCAACGACGCUUUUACGUUUCCCAGAGAGAAUUUCUACUUUUUCUUUUUUUUUUUUCUUUUUUUUUUUUUUUUUUGACUUAAGUGAAAGCACCAGCACCAUGGAGCUGCUCUGCCUCGAAAUGGACACCAUCAUACGAGCUCGUCCCGAUCCGAACCUCCUGUGCGAUGACAGAGUCCUGCAGAGCUUGUUGACCAUAGAGGAGAGAUUUCUACCGCAAUAUUCCUAUUUUAAAGGCGUCCAGAAAGAUAUUCAGCCCUUUAUGAGGAGGAUGGUCGCGACUUGGAUGUUGGAGGUUUGUGAGGAGCAGAAGUGCGAGGAAGAAGUUUUUCCCCUGGCCAUGAACUACUUAGACAGAUUUUUAGCCGUGGUACCCACCAAAAAGUGUAACCUGCAGCUGCUGGGAGCAGUGUGCAUGUUUCUUGCAUCCAAAUUGAAAGAGACUCGUCCAUUAACCGCAGAGAAGCUUUGCAUCUACACAGAUAACUCCAUCAGACCACAAGAGCUGCUGGAAUGGGAACUGGUGGUGUUGGGGAAGUUGAAGUGGAACUUGGCAGCAGUAACGCCGAACGACUUCAUCGAGCACAUUGUGAGGAGGCUGCCGCUGCCCGAGGAUAAGCUGGCACUUAUACGCAAACAUGUCCAGACCUUCAUCGCCCUCUGUGCCACAGAUUUCAGAUUCGCCAUGUACCCUCCCUCCAUGAUUGCCACAGGAAGUGUGGGGGCAGCAAUCUGCGGCCUACAACUGGAUUCAGCUGACCAGUCACAGUGGGGCGACAGCCUGACAGACCUGCUGGCCAAAAUCACAAACACAGAAGUGGAUGUUCUCAAAGAGUGCCAGGAGCAGAUUGAGCGCGUGUUGGUGAGCAGCCUGCGCGAGGGGCGACAGCAGCAGCAGCAGCAACAGCAGACACAGAGAGGCCCCAGCGGGAAAGGCCUGGACGAGCUGGAUCAAUCCUCCACCCCGACAGACGUCCGCGAUGUCAACUUGUGAACCACCAGAGGGCGUCGUUGCACAGGAUUUACAACAACAAAAAUCAUCAUGAAAAAAACCCCUCAAUUUUGUUAAAAGCAGAAAAAAAAGAACAAAAGAACAAAAAAUGUUAAAAACACAAGCCCUUUAAAAGAAAAAGAACAAUGCUUGCUAGUUUUUUAUUUGUAGAUUUUCUGUUCUUCAAGUCCAAAACACCUACCCACGAAAUAGAUUUUCUGUGAUGUUCUUGUCUAAAAGCAACGCAUUUGAUACAAGAUGAAGCUCUGUGGUGCCUUGGAUAUACAGAAGGGAAGCCAAUCAUAUUUGCAUUCUGCCUUUGAUUGUAUAGUAUGAUCUUUAAGUUAUAUUUUAACCAUAGCUUGAUAAUGAGGCUCUUAUGUUAGAAGUUGUGGAAACCAUUCAGAAAACUGCAUACAUGGGAUCACAGUGGGGCUUAAGUUUUUUUUUCUGUUUUGUUUAAUAUGAGUAUUAUCACUAUUACAUUCGUGGUUGGUGUAAGAGAGGACGAGAUCUCCCAUCAGAAGAGACAGACAGAAGAAGCCGUGAGAACAUUAUGCUAAAAGUUGGUGGGUCCCAAUUCCAGGGAACAGGCAGGAUGAUAAUAAUUAUUGGUAGUAUUAGUAAUUAUUAUAAUUAAUAUUAUUAUUGGACAUAUUUUUGGAACUCAGUAGUAGAGAUCAAUAAGCUCCUUUUGUCAGGCUGCUUGUGUGCGUCAGUGUUGGGGUGCAGUCUGCAAGCGUGUGUGUUUGUAUGUGAGUAUGCCAGUUUGCAUGCAUGCCUGUAUGUGUGUUUGUGUGUGUGUGGUGUGUGUGGUGUAUGAAUGCUUCAUGUGAUCCUGUAUCUAUAUUAGCAGUGUGCAUUCGAGGGUGUGAGGCAGUCGUAGAUUUACGGUUCUUUGUUAAAAGACGACGGGGCGAGCGAAGGUUACACACACUUUGUCCGUCAAUAUAACAGGGCAUCUAUGCGAUAUCACUGCCUUCAUGCAUUAACAAUGUGUCAUGGUUCAUUGUUGGCCAACAAUAAACUAUGACCGAGACAGAGAAAGACUUAGUGAAGGAGGACAUGGGCGAAGGGGCCGUCACAUAGAGCCCCUUUAUCUGUCUAAGAGCAUUUUUCCUGAGGUGUCUCGCCUCACACUCAGAGGUCAUGUGAGGUGUUUGUUUAUUACUGCCAUUCUGUUAAUGAAAUAUUACAGAUACUUCAUUCUUUUUCACGUUGUUACAAUAUGGUGUUUCUUAAGUUGUGAAAGGCUGCUUUGAGUCUGGAGAGUACUAAUGACCUCCCAUAUGUGCAGUGUGUAUGGCACAUGUGCAAACAAGAGAGGACGAUGUCUUGGAAGAAAGUAAGGCUGGAGGAUGUCGGACUCCUCCAUGUUAAUUAGCAGGGAGGGAACAGGGUGUGGCGUGAGAAGACUUAGAAAGAGAGGGACAGUUUGCAACUAAGAAGUCACUGUGGAACUGUGGAAGGCACAUGAGUGCACAGCACAGGAUGGUAAGACAGAGAGGAUUUUAGUGGUGCAGGAGCAUGCUGCUGUGUGGAGGAUUUACAGCCCGUGGCUGGAAGAUGAUAACGAACAAAAGAUGCCCAAAAGCCUCACGAUGAAACUUUGAUAUCUGCAUAUUUGGAUGGAAUCAACAUUCAUUUCACAUAAUGGAUGUCUACACCGACUCAGCUAAGUGAACUAAAACGUUCGGGGUUUCCAUUUGCAUGGAAAUGAAAUGAGGAACUAAGACUGUACGCUGCCAGAUCAUGUGAGGAUGAACUUUUUUUGGG